AUGGUACUGAUACCUGUUCUGAUGAUGAAAACCCCAAAGAUCAUCGAUAUCUGCUCUGAUGAUGAAAACCCCAAAGAUUUUGAUGCUACACUCCAUCUUCCUCCCAGCUCCCAUCCCACCUCUCACCUACUGUACAUCUCCCUCACCCCUCUGCUGCCUCAUGGUUUGAUUCACAGUUGGUAUCUCAACAACUCGGACCCAGAGCUGAAGAUGUCCUGCACACCUGUGAGCCUCCUGGCCGUCCUCAGCCUGCUCUUCGUGCUCUCCUUGUCUCCAGAGGCCGAGUCUGCAGCAGUGGCCGGCAGGAAAAGCAACGCUGAAGGUCCACUCAGGAGGGUCUUCAUGAAGGAGGCCGACGCUUCCAACUUCUUUAGGAAACGCACCAGACGGAACCUGAAAUCCCAGGAUGAGAUUGACGCUGAACAAAGGAUGGUUCUGGCUGCAGACAAUCGCAAAAGAGAGUUUCAGGAGGAGAAGGGGAACGAGUUUGAGGAUUUCGAUGAAGAGGAGGAAGACGAUGAAGAGAGUGAGACGACCACGCAGAACACAGAGCAGUGGGGAGAACUCAGCUACGAGGGGACGGAUCCUCCUCAGGACAACGACGGCCACGCCGCCUGAGCAGGCCCACGGUGAGGGAGAAGUUUGAAGUUUGAAGUUUGAGCUGACAGCUUACUGAAAAGAGAACACCAACACUCUCAAAAAAAAAAA